AUGGUCCUCACCAAGAUGGCCGCCAUUGCUGACUCCUUUCUGGGACCCACCCCCAUUCGGGAUGCUGUCAUUACCGUCCCAGCCUACUUCAGUGACUCUCAAAGACAGGGCACCAAGGAUGCUGGUGCCAUUGCCGGCCUCAAUGUCAUCCGCAUCAUCAAUGAGCCAACUGCCGCCGCCAUUGCCUAUGGCCUCGACUACAAGGCAGCUGCCGCUGCCUGGGGAGAGAAGAAAAACGUGUUUGUCUUCGACUUAGGCGGUGGCACCUGCGACGUCUCCCUCCUGACGAUUGACAAGGGUACCUUUGAGGUGAGGGCCACUGCUGGCGACACCCACCUUGGCGGGGAGGAUUUCGACAACCGCAUUGUCGCUCACUUUGCCGCCGAGUUUCAGCGCCGGUAUAGCAAGGACCUCUCCGAAAACCCUCGAGCCCUACGUAGGCUAAGGACAGCCAGCGAGAGGGCAAAGAGGAUUCUCUCGACCAACAUUGAGACCACUGUGGACAUUGAGUGCCUGCACGAGGGCAUUGAUUUCUACUCUAGCAUUACUCGUGCUAAAUUCGAGGAUCUCAACAUGGACCUGUUUCAAAAGUGCAUUGAGCCCGUUGAGAGCUGCCUGAGAGAUGCUGGGGUCGACAAAACUUCCAUCCAUGAUGUUGUUCUGGUUGGAGGCUCGAGUAGGAUCCCCAAAGUUCAGAAGAUGUUGCAGUCUAUUUUCGAGGGAAAGGAGCUGUGCAGGAACAUCAACCCAGAUGAGGCAGUUGCAUAUGGGGCCGCCGUGCAGGCGGCCAUCCUAAGUGGAAUAGGGGACGACAAGGUGCAAGACCUUGUCCUCCUCGACGUGACCCCUCUCUCCCUAGGAGUGCAAAUUGCAGGGGAGGUCAUGUCUGUUGUGGUCCCGCGGAACACGAGUGUCCCCACCCAGAAGGAGCAACAAUUCACCACAAGUGCUGAUGACCAGACAUCUGUGAGUUUCCAGAUCUACGAAGGCGAAAGGGCGAGGUCAACGGACAACAACCUGCUCGGGAAGUUCAUGCUUGAUGGGGUCCCACCUGCCCCGCGACUUGUGCCCAAACUGGACGUGUGCUUCAAAAUCGACGUCAAUGGGAUACUGAGCGUGUCGGCUAAGGAGAGAGCUGGGAGCAACUUGGCCGUGGACUUCCCUCGAACAGCCUGA